AUGUCUCAACCAACGAAGCCCUACUCGUCUUCCGAGGACGUGACUCUCGUAGAUGAGGAGGAUGUACCUGGGGACGUGGGAGAUGCUAAGAUUCCCCGAUGGAGACGCGCGGUAUCUGGAAUCAAGGACUUCGUGGAUAGGAACACUGGAUUGCUGCUCGUGGCUUCGUCGCAAAUAUUCGGAGCCCUGCAGAACGUAUCUGUAAAGACUUUGAACAGCCUGGAUGAUCCCGUACCCACAUUAGAGCUUGUUAUAGUCCGCAUGUCCUUUACAUGGAUUUGCUGCAUAAUAUAUAUGCACCUUAGAGGCGUGCCUGACCCGUUUCUGGGGCCCAAGGGAGUGCGAGGUCUGCUUGUUUUGCGGGGAUUUUCCGGGUUCUUCGGGCUGUUCGGGACAUACUAUGCCUUGAAUUACUUAUCGCUGUCAGACGCCACAGUUCUGACCUUCUUAUCGCCCUUCACGACCGCUAUUGCGGGCGCAGUCCUUCUCAAAGAGAAAUUCACGCUGAAAGAAGCCCUCGCAGGCGUAUGCAGCUUCAUCGGAGUCGUGCUCAUAGCAAGGCCGGAGUUUCUGUUCGGUGCCGAGAUGGCGGCGCCAGACUCGGGGCAUGUCAUAGACGGCGCGCAUGUCAUUCAACCGUCUGCCAAAGGAACACCCGCACAGAGAUUGGGAGCUGUGGGUGUCGCUCUCCUGGGGGUACUUGGGGCGACCGGUGCAUACACGUCUAUACGUGCGAUAGGGAAGCGUGCUCAUGCGAUGCAUUCCAUGGUCGCGUUUUCUGCAUACUGCGUAGUCGCAGCCUCCAUCGGGUUGAUCGUGAAAGGAACACAUAUCGUAGUCCCCCGGCGUAUCGAAUGGCUUGGCCUUCUGCUGUUCAUCGGCUUCGUGGGGUUCACAGGGCAGAUUCUCAUGACCAAUGGGUUACAACGAGAGACCGCCGGGAGAGGCACCAUGGCUGUAUACACUCAGAUUAUCUAUGCUAUUGCUUUCGAGCGUAUAUUUUUCCACACGACACCCGCUCCGUUGUCGAUUGUCGGGACAGUGAUUAUCAUGACGUCGGCCAUUUACGUCGCGGUAAGCCAGAGGUCCAGACUCAUCAAUCUUGUCCAAGGCUGA